UUCAAACUCCUCAAUUCAAUUCUAUUAAACUUUAUUUAUAUAAAAAUACAAAUCACAACCAAAGUUAUCUCAACUUAACAUACAGAGCAGGUACAGAACAAAGUCUGUAUCUACUGAGACCAACAGAUCCCUCAUGAGCAAACACCUGGAGACAGCAGCGAGGACAAACUUCCUUCUAGGAGGCAGAACCAGGAUCAGGGUGGGGGCCAUCUGCUUCGACCGGUUGGGUGAGAGAGACAGAGACACAGUACAUAUGAUGAGGAUAGUGUGCAAAGACGUGACGGCAGAGACGCUGUAUGACGUCCUCCACGACACCAGCUACCGCAGGAAGUGGGACACCAACAUGAUCGACACGUAUGACAUCGGAAGGCUGACCGCCAACGCCGACAUCGGCUAUUACUCCUGGAAAUGUCCGAGCCCUCUGAAGAACAGAGACUUCGUCACCAUGAGAUCUUGGCUUCCUCUCGGCAACGACUACCUGAUCAUCAACUACUCUGUCAAACACCCGCAACAUCCGCCCAAGAAGGACUACGUCCGAGCCGUGUCCCUGCUGACCGGAUACCUGAUCCAGUCUAAUGGAGCCAACUGUUCCACCCUCUACUACCUGACCCAGGUGGACCCCAGAGGCUCGUUACCAAAGUGGGUGGUGAACAGAGUCUCUCAGUUCGUGGCUCCGAAGGCGAUGAGGAAGAUCUACAAGGCGUCUGUGAAGUAUCCGGAGUGGAAGAGGAAGCACAACCCGAGCCUGAAGCCGUGGAUGUAUCCGGAGCAGAACUCGCUGCCGUGCGUCAGCGUGUCGGAGCUGACGGUGCAGCGCGCCGACUCUCUGGAGAACAUCGACGAGAGCGGCCUGAGCGAGGAGAAGACGCACCACAGCGACGACGAGGAGACUUAAAGACCCACGCGGACUGAGGGCGUCACGGUUCUUUGGUUUUCUGUUUGUUGGCUUGUUUGUUUGUUACUGACGAGACCAGAGACCAGACGACAGCGUCGCUCUGACCGCUGUGUUGUUCUUCUCUCGGCUCUUCAGAUUAUCCAGCUUCAUGUUCGGUUCAGGCAGCUGUAACAGCCGUCCAAUCACA